CUGUCGGUCUCUCUGUCUGUCUGUCGGUCUGCCUGCGUGUCCUGUGCCUCUGUCGACCUGUCUGUCAGUGGUGUGUCUGUGUGUUGGUCUGUUUACAGUGUCGCUCUCUAUUUGAUAAAGUAGAGAAAAGUUAGUUGUUGACACUAUGAAGUAAGAUGUCUUUGGCUGGUCUUCCGACAUCCCAAGCUGGGGAACUGCCACAUUGCCCUGGAUGUACAGUUGCCAUUUCCGUGGACAAUACGUCGACUGAUAUUGAACAUGCACUCGAUGCAGUCUGGCACCAGAAUUGUUUAAGGUGUUCUAGAUGUCAACGCCGGCUAACCAACUGGUAUGUUGAAAAAGGUGGACAACUUUUCUGCCAUCAAGAUUACUGGACAAUAUAUGGUGACUCCUGUCACGGUUGUUCGGAAUUAAUUGCUGGCCCUGUCAUGGUGGCAGGAGAACAUCGGUACCACCCAGAAUGCUUUCUAUGCUGUCACUGCUCUAACUACAUUGGAGAUGGAGAAGGGUACGCCUUGGUGGAACGGACAAAACUCUACUGUGCUUAUUGCUACAACAAUGUGAUAAAACCAAAAUUCACUGAAAUGCCUGAAAACAGGAGGCCUCAUUCCAUCCAGCUGAUUGAAAUACCAGCCAAUCCGGAAAGUGGCAGUCGUGGUGUACAGCUCAGUGUGGAAAAAGGUGUAUACACCCCGUUUCAAAAGGGAGCAUCCCAUCUCAUCCGAAUUUCAGGGCUUGAUGGCAGCCCUGAAUUAAAUUCUUUAAAUAUUGGUGAUAAAAUUUUAGAAGUAAAUGGCACAGCAGUGAAGGAAAAAUCUUUCGAUGAGAUUGACUCUUUAGUCAAAAAUACCAAUGAAACAAUACAGUUGACUACCGUGUCAUGUCUUUUGUCGCAGGUCUCAGUGCUGAGAAGCCUUAAUCAUCCUAAUGUACUCAAGUUUAUGGGAGUUUUGUACAAAGAUAAGAAAUUAAACCUCGUUACUGAAUAUAUCUCUGGUGGAACUGUAAAAGACUUCUUACACGACUUGACAAUCACUCUGACCUGGGAGAGACGGGUAAAAAUGUGCAAAGACAUAGCAGCAGGAAUGGAAUAUUUACAUUCCAUGGACAUAAUCCACCGAGACUUGAACUCCCAAAAUUGUUUAGUAAAAGAGGACCGAACUGUGGUAGUUGCAGAUUUUGGAUUGGCGCGAGUGAUUGGCGACCAAUCAGACGUCCGUCGCCAGGAGAAGCGGACGACGACAAAAACCUCUCCGAAUAAGCGAUAUGAAAGAAAGAAGCGAUAUACGGUGGUAGGGAAUCCGUACUGGAUGGCGCCCGAGAUGUUGAAUGGCCAAAAAUAUGAUGAGCGAGUCGAUAUAUUCUCUUUCGGUAUCAUGAUGUGUGAGAUCAUUGGCCGUGUCGUCGCUGACCCAGACUACCUACCACGAACCUAUGACUUUGGUAUGAACGCUGAAGUGUUCCUCAGUAAAUUUGCCAAGGAUUGCCCCAAUGCCUUUUUCAAACUUUGUCUUUUGUGUUGCCAACUCAACCCAGACAGCAGGCCUUCUUUUGAAAAAAUCCAUAUGCUUUGUGAAGCAUUGCUUCUUCAUUUUGAACAUAAUAUGGCACUUCCGACAGAGUUGCAAGAGGAUGCCUUAACCUUCUAUCGAAAGACUCGUGAAAACUGCUCCUCUUCUUGGAAGUUGAAAGACGGCAAUAAUCAAAAAUAUUCCAAAACCAACCUCCACAAAAUUUCCGAAACAAACUCCAAAGAUGCCAGCGGCUUGUCUGCUGCUGCUUCUUCUGCUGCCAACAGCAACACCAGCAACACCACCACAACCUUGAAUUCUUCCCCCAUCACCUCUCCCCCGUCCGCCGCCUCAGCAAACACCACUGACUCUUCCUCCCCUUCUUUUCCCUCCUCCUCCUCUUCC